UGUCCGGUCGCUAUGGCGUGGCUCGUCCGUCAAAGCCAAUUGGUGACGGCCGCUGCCCCGCGAGAUACCCCGGAGAGGCGUGUGUCGCAGCCACUUUUCCUCUGGCGGUUUGAAAUUCCUACAUCAUGGCGGCAGCGAUUGGCGCGAGCGGGGGCGCUGUCAGUACCGCUACCGCUGCCGCUACUGCGGCGUCGGGCUCUGAUAGCUGUAGCGAGGACGCGUCGGGAGGAGUAGCAGAAGAAGCGGGAGGCUUGGAGAAGGACGACGUCAUGCAGGCGGCCGAGGCCUUAGGGGAGAGCGAGGAAGACGGAGAAGAUGUGUUCGAGGUGGAGAAGAUCCUGGACGUGAAGACCGAGGGGGGUAAAAUUCUUUAUAAAGUUAGAUGGAAAGGAUACACUUCAGAUGACGAUACUUGGGAGCCAGAAGUUCAUCUUGAGGACUGCAAAGAAGUUCUUCUUGAAUUUAGGAAAAAGAUUUUUGAUAACAAAACUAAGCCUGUUAAGAAGGAUAUACAGAGACUAGUUUUGAAUGAUGAUGACAUAUUUGAGGCAGACUCUGACAGCGAUUGGCAAAGUGAAACAAAAGAGGACGUUUCCCCCAAGAAGAAGAAGAAAAAGUCAAGACACAGAGAAGACAAAAGUCCUGAUGAUUUGAAAAAGAGAAAAUGGAAAUCUGCCAAAUUUAAAGAUAAGUCUAAAACACAAAUGGACAGUUCCUCAGAAAAUUUGGUUUUUGAUUCAAAGUCCAAGAAAAGAACUUUGGAAUCAAAAGAGGACUCAAAAGAGUAUAAAAAGACCAAAAAAGAUGAUUUAAAAGAAACAAAGAAAGUAAAAAGGGGUGAAAAUAAAGACUCAAGGGGGAAAGUAAGAGAUGAUUUUAAAGAAAGCAAAAAAAAGAAAGAGAAACUUAGUGAAUCUCUGUUAGAAUCUGAAUCAAGUACAUUUGAUGAUUCACUUUCUCAGUUGGCUGAUGAUGACAGUGAAGACUUGCCUUCUGAUAGCAGAGGAGAGAAACAAAAAUUUAAAAGUGGAAAAGAUAAGUUAGAACUUGACAUAAUUCAAGAUGUGAUUUCUGAUAAACAACCAGAUGAUACAGCAAGUGCUGAAGAAGAUAUUGAUGUCAGAACAAAAAGGAAAAAAAAGAAAUUAAAGAAAGUCGAUGAAUAUAAAGAAGAGAUUAGAAAAGUAGAAAAUAAGGACUUAUACUCAGAGAAGAAAAAUUUAUACAAAAAGCAAAAGAAUCAAGAAAAGAUCAAAGGCUCUAUAGAGGUAGAUAAAUUAGCACCUACACCUGCUCAAAUUCAGAAGAGCACAAAACUGGGUAGUGAAGAACGAGUUCGAAGGUCCACUGAUUCAGUUGGGGAGGAGAAAGAAAUAAGGAAAAAUGAAGUAAAAGAAAAAUAUCAAAAACGAUAUGAUUCUGACAAAGAAGAAAGGGGGAAAAAAGAGCAGAAGGGAAUAAAGACAUUUAAAGAAAUGAGGAAUGCGUUUGAUUUAUUUACAUUAACUCCAGAAGAAAAAAACGACUUUUCAGAGAAUAAUCAGAAAAGAGAGGAAACAUCACUGGAUUUUAAAUUCACUGAAGACUACAAAACUAAGGAAAAUAAGCAAUUAUACAAGGAGAGGAGAAAUACAAGGGAUGAGACUGAUACAUGGACUUAUAUAGCUGCUGAAGGUGAUCAAGAGGUAUUAGACAGUGUGUGUCAAAUGGAUGAAAAUUCUGACAGGCAGCAAGUUUUGAGUUUGGGAAUGGAUUUGCAGUUGGAAUGGAUGAAAUUGGAAGAUUUUCAAAAACAUCUUAAUGGUGAAGAUGAGAAUUUUACAACAGCAGAUGCUAUACCAAGUAACUUACUGAGGGAUGCAGUGAAAAAUGGGGAUUAUGUUACAGUGAAGAUUGCACUUAAUUCAAAUGAGGACUACAAUUUGGACCAAGAGGAUUCUAGUGGAAUGACACUGGUGAUGCUUGCAGCAGCAGGAGGGCAAGAUGAUCUACUCAGGCUCCUUAUCAAGAAAGGAGCUAAAGUUAAUGGUAGACAAAAAAAUGGAACUACUGCUCUCAUUCAUGCAGCUGAGAAGAACUUUCUAACUACAGUGGCAAUUCUUUUGGAAGCGGGAGCUUUUGUGAAUGUUCAGCAGAGUAAUGGAGAAACAGCUUUAAUGAAGGCUUGUAAAAGAGGAAACUCGGAUAUUGUAAGGCUUGUGAUUGAAUGUGGAGCAGAUUGUAACAUUUUGUCAAAACAUCAGAAUAGUGCUUUGCAUUUUGCUAAGCAGUGUAAUAAUGUAUUGGUAUAUGACCUGCUGAAAAGUCACUUAGAAACUCCUGCCUGGACGACAAGCUGUCUGCCAAGGGACCACGCACUGGAAGCUCAACAGAGAAAUGGAACCAGUUCAGAGAUGCAGUGAAAGAAACAUCAAAGGCAGUCUUAGGCCCAAAACAACGCAACCACCAGGACUGGUUCGAUGAGAACAACACUGCUAUUGAAGACCUAUUGAGCAAAAAGAACAAAGCCUUUAUGGAGUGGCAAAAUAACCCAAAUUCUGCUCCUAAAAAGGAUAGAUUCAAGUCUCUCCAAGCCAUGGCGCAGCGUGAGAUCAGGAAGAUGCAAGACCGAUGGUGGGAAAAAAAGGCAGAAGAAAUUCAGUGCUUUGCUGAUACGAAAAAUUACAAUUUUUCAGUGCCCUCAAGACUGUCUAUGGGCCAUUAAAAGCCACCACCACUCCCUUGCUAUCCUCUGAUGGUGACACUCUCAUAAAAGAUAAAAAAGGCAUCAGCAACAGGUGGAAAGAACACUUCAGUCAGCUUCUCAACUGACCCUCUUCAGUCGACCAAAGCGCCCUUGACCAGAUCCCCCAAAACCGCACCACUGAACAACUUGACAUCCCUCCUUCAAUAGAGGAAGUCCAAAAAGCUAUUAAACAAAUGAAUGCAGGCAAGGCACCCGGUAAAGACGGGAUCCCAACCGAGGUGUACAAGGCCUUAAAUGGAAAGGUUCUCCAAGCAUUCCACAUAGUGCUGACCAGCAUAUGGGAAGAGGAAGACAUUCCCCCAGAACUCAGUGGUGCCUCCAUCGUAGCCCUAUACAAGAACAAAGGCUCACGAGCAGCCUGUGAUAACUACAGAGGCAUCUCACUACUCUCCCCUGCUGGAAAGAUCCUCUCCUGUGUUAUACUCAACAGACUCUUGUCAUCUGUUUCAGAGCAGAACCUGCCUGAAUCACAUUGUGGCUUCCAACCAGAUUGCAGCACCAUUGACAUGGUCUUCACAAUGAGGCAAAUGCAGGAAAAAUGCCUUGAGCAGAACCUGAGUCUUUACAUUGUCUUCAUAGACCUGACGAAGGCCUUCGACACAGCGAACAGGGACUUAUUGUGGGUGAUUCUUAGCAAGCUCGGUUGCCCAGAAAAAUUCGUCAAACUGAUCCAGCUCUUUCAUGUCGACACGACAGGGGAAGUCCUAUCUGGUGGAGAGACUUCUGAUCGCUUCAAUGUCUCCAAUGGCGUGAAAUAAGGCUGUGUCCUCGCUCCAGUACUAUUCAACCUAUUUUUCACCCAAGUAUUAUGACAUGCUGUGAUGGAUCUAGACCUGGGCGUCUACAUCAAAUACUGACUGGAUGGCUCACUAUUCAACCUUCACCGCCUGACUGCAAAAACAAAGACAACAGAGAGACUCAUCCUGGAAACUCUCUUCACAGAUGACUGUGCUCUCAUGGCCCACCAAGAAAAUCAUCUCCAAACCAUUGUGGACAGGUUCUCUACUGCAACAAAACUGUUUGGCCUGACUAUCAGCCUCAGCAAAACAGGUGCUGUUCCAACCUGCACCAGGGAGGCCAACUAAUCAGCUGUGCAUUACAAUUGAUGGCACGCAGCUUUCUAACAUCAACACUUUCAAGUACCUGGGCAGCACCAUCGCCAACGACGGGUCCCUAGACCACGAGAUUGAUGCCAGGAUCCAAAAGGCCAGCCAGGCACUCGGGCGGCUGCACUCCAAAGUGCUCCAACACAGAGGUAUGAGCACUGCGAUGAAGCUCAAAGUGUAUAAUGCAGUGGUCCUCUGUUUGAUCCUGUACGGUUGUGAGACAUGGACACUGUACCGGAAGCACAUGAAACAGCUAGAGCAAUUCCACCAACGCUCUCUCUGGUCAAUCAUGAGGAUCCGAUGCCAGGACUGAAUCACCAAUCAGGAAGUCCUCGACAGAGCCAACUCCACCAGCAUCGAAGUCAUGGUCCUCAAAACCCAGCUACGAUGGUCUGGACACAUCAUCCGCAUGGACCCACAGUGAAUACCAAGACAGGUAUUCUACAAGGCCGACCAAAGAAAAGAUACAAGGAUUAGCUAAAGUCAAACUUGAAGUGGGCUGGCAUUACACCAAAGCAACUAGAACUUGCUGCCUCUGUCAGAAGCAUCUGGCGAACCCACAUUAACCAUGUCGCCACCACCUUUGAAGAUGAACGACAUCAACGUCUUGCCGAUGCGCAUGAACACCGACACCAGGCCACAACUGCACCUCCCAUAACAACUGGAGUCCCAGGCCCCAUGUGCCACAAACUCUGCGCCUCAGCCUUUGGACCUCAAAGCCACAUGAGGGUACAUCAAUAGAUGAUAAUGCACAAAGACAGUCGUCAUUCUAGGUCACCGAGAGACUACCACUAACUGAAUAGUUGGUGUCUGUGGCUAAAAAACCUCGAAAUGAUUCACUGGACACCUCUUUAAACAAUCCAGACCUAGUAUUAUUUACUGAUGGUUCUUCUUCCAUGAAGGAUGGCAUACACUACACAGGAGCUGCUGUAGUCACAGAAUUUGCCACUCCUGUGGUCAGUGCGGUCAAAUACAAGUGCUCAAGGUGCAGAACUGAUAGCUGUUACAGACAAAAGAGUGGUUGCCAUAAACUGUGACCGUGAAAAUAUGGGUUUCAAGACUGUGAAUUGCCCAAACUGUAAAGAUAAAUUUUAGUGUCUUGAUUUUAUAUCAAAAAUAAGUGGUCACCAUGGGAAAAAUUCCCAAAUAUGAAAUACCCAAGUCAGCUGGGUUUUAUGGAGAUUUUAAUUAAUAUAAAUGAAGAUAAUUAAGGAAAAGGAGAGAGAGAGAGAGGCAGAGGAAAUAGUAGGAAAGGGCCUAGGCCAUUGGCCUAGGCCUGAGCUUUAAGAGAAAUUAGUCAGUCCUUAAUCAGUCACCACAAGAUUUUGUCCCAGGCAAAAAACUCUAGUGUUCAGAGAGACCCUCCAGUUCAGCUCCUGAGCUCAACUAAGUUCAGCCAUCAAGAGAGCCUCCAAUUCAGCUUCCUAAGCUCAACUAAUUUGAACUACCUUGAACUGGUUCAGACAGAUCCUUUUAAAGAGAAUUUUCUCCUAUGUCACCUCCCCUAAAUUUUCAUAUCUACCAAUGACAGUAGAUGUUUUCCAAAGGACUGACCAUUCUUAAUUCACAUCUUAUCACCUUCUUAAUUCACAUCUUGUUAUCAUCUUCUCUGGGUAGACUAAAACUUCUGAGUAUUUCACAUCUCUUUGCUAAGCUUGCCCUUUUAGUAUUUAAUUUAACCUUCAUAGGUACUUGACACCCUUUUGUAUUAGAUCUAAAAAUAGUCCUAGCUUAAGGGCUUUUGCCUCACCAAAAGUAUGAGUUAAGUACUUUUUCAUUGUUCAUUAAGGAGUUUACAACUUUAUCUUCCCCUAAAGUAUGCCUAAGUAUGGGUGGAGUAAUUUUAAACUUCCCAAUACAUUCCUGAUCAAGUACCUCCAUUGUUUAAAAUAAGGAAUAGCCUUAACCAAAUAUUCUAAGGUAGUAUCUGAAAAGUUUUAAGAUUCACAUAGCUCUAAAACAUGCUUGUCUAAUUGCCAAAAAUAAGAAGGCAACAAUUUAUACAGACUCUAGAUACACAUUUGGACUAUGUCAUUCAGGGGGCAUGCUUGGGCUUCAAAGGGGAUUUUUAACAUCAGCCAGAAAAUGUAUACCUAAUGCUGAAAUUAUUAAUGAAUUUUUUUCUGUGAAGCCCUAGCUGUAGUUCAUUACUCUGCCCAUACACGUGGCACUGACCCUGUCUCCAUAGGGGAAUGACCAGGCAGAAAGUAGUGCAAAACUAGUGAUCUUAGAGUGGCCCGAGUUAAUUUUAACAUCGACAACUAUUGAUGACUUAUAUCUAUCCCUUUCAUAGAAUGAAAAGGAAGUGGAAAAAUGGAAGCAAAAAUUUAAGGCCAAACAUAAAUGGAGUAUGGGUAUCUGAAGGAAAACCCCUGCUUCCUAGGAGUUUUUAUCUCCAAAUUUGCCACUCCAUUCACAAAAAUGGUCAUUUUGGUACCCAGGGUAUUGUGGACUCUGUUAAAAGAGUAUGGAUAGCCCCUGGCAUAACUACCAUAGCCUCUUAAAGUGCGUACAGCUUGCCCUACUUGCCAAGCAUUUAAUCAGCAUGCUUUUCAUGGCAAAGUGUUUGGUGGGAGCCCUCUCGCUUAUAUACCUUUUCGACACCUCACCUGCAAAUUGACUUAUGAAUUGGCCAAAAGUUGGACAGUAUAAAUUUUGUCUGGUCAUAGUAGAUUAGCUGACCAAGAUGGCCUGAAGCAUUUCCUACUGCUCGCGCCACAGUGAAUUUUGUUGCUAAAGUGCUUUUAAAAGAAAUUAUUCCUCACUUUGACCUGCCAGCAUGCAUUGAUUUGGAUAGAGGAAAUCAUUUUACCAAUUCAAUCCUGUCUCAGAUUUAUUCAUGUUUGGGGAUAACUCCUAAAUUCCAUGUACCACAGCAUCCCCAGAGCUCAGGCCAAGUUGAAAGAAUGAUUAGAGAACUUAAAACUAUGAUCAGGAAAUUGUGCAGAGACUCAUUUAAAAUGGCCUGAAAUUCUCCCUCAGGCCCAAUUUUAUCUUUGAAGCAGGCCCUAAUCUAUACAUCUUACCAUUUAAGAUGCUUUUUGGACACCCUCCUAUAUACGCUAAGCCUUUCUCCCCUGCAUAUACAUCAUUACUAGGGGGAGAUAAUUCUGUUGCCUCAUAUAUACAGGAUUUGCAGACCAAUUUGCAAGAGCUCCAUGAAUCUGGAACUGUUGUUACACACAGGUUCUAUAGACUUCUUGCUCCAUGACUUACACCCCGGUAACAAAGUUUACAUAAAGAACUAAUGAUGUACUGGGGCAAUUCAACCUGCCCAUGAUGGUCCAUUCCAAGUCCUGUUAAUCACUCCAAUAGCUAUUAAAAUUGGAGAUAAGGACUCUUGGUUCCAUUGCUCCCAUGUGUAAAGAGAGCACCUUCUGUAGAUGAUGAGUAACUAUAGCCUAUCACAUUUAUUAUAUUUUACUGAUUGUUUGCAUUGAGAUUUGAUUGUUUUUUAAGUAUGUAUACACACUCACACAUAUAUAUGUAUAUUGUUAUCACUGUCAUUUUCAGCUAUUGUAUUUUUGCAAUUGGAUAUAUAUAUUUUGUUGCACUGUCCUUAUUUGUACCAUCCUAUACUUGACCCUGAAAAAAAUACCCAUAUAAAACUCCAUACAGUAGUUGGACAAGACUUGUAUUGGUAACCUUUAGAUAAGUUGAUGUGGUUAUUGUGAAUUUUGAGGAUUUUGGUACUUUCUUUGAAUGUGUAUUGCCUGUUGUACUACUGUUUUUUAAAGCUGUUAUUUUUAAAAAAUUAUUUGGACUCACAUUGUGAAUCAUGGCUAAGUUAAAAAGGAAAUGGAUCUCAUUUUUGGGUGAGAAAUAUAUUUAAAUAUUUUUAAUUGUUUUUCCUUGCAUGUGCAAUAUGUUAUUUGAGUUUUUCAUUUUUCUUUCUCCCAUUUUUUGUCACCAUUAGUAAAGGGACUUUUUAAUUUCACACUAGCAUAAAAUUAAAAUGUACAUUAGCCCUAAAUGUAAAUGCAUACCCAAAAACUUUAGACUGGAAACUUGCCACACAGGUUGUUUAAAUAUAUUUUUUUAAAUAAACAUUAUUUUAUUUGGUCAUUCCCAAACAUUAUUCAUUGGAAACAAAAAUCAUUUUCUCCCCCCCCCCCCCCCCCCCAUGGCUGACACAUGAUUCCACUGGGUAUCACAUGUGUUCUUGACUCGAACCCAUUUCCGUGUUGUUGGUAUUUGCAUUGGAGUGUUCAUUUAGAGUCUCUCCUCAGUCAUAUCCCCUCCACCCCUGUAGUCUGGCAGUUGCUUUUCAUCGGUAUUUUUACUCCCACAGUUUAUUCUCUGCUUGUGGAUAGUGUUUUUUAGAUCCCUGCAGAUUGUUCAGGGACAUUGCAUUGUCCCUAAUGGAGAAGUCCAUUACCUUCGAUUAUACCACAGUGUAUCAGUCUCUGUGUAUAAUGAUUUCCUGGUUCUGCUUCUUUCGCUCUGCAUCACUUCCUGGAGGUUGUUUUAGACUCCAUGGAAUUCCUCCACUUUAUUAUUCCUUUUAGCACAAUAGUAUUCCAUCACCAACAUAUACCACAAUUUGUUCAGCCAUUCCCCAAUUGAAGGGCAUCCCCUCAUUUUCCAAUUUUUAGCCACCACAAAGAGUGCAGCUAUGAAUAUUCUAGUACAAGUCUUUUUCCUUAUUAUCUCUUUGUACUGCUGGGUACAAACCCAGCAGUGCUAUGGCUGGAUCAAAGGGAAGACAGUCUUUUAUCGCUCUUUGGGCAUAGUUCCAAAUUGCCCUCCUAAAUGGUUGGAUCAAUUCACAACUCCACCAGCAAUGAAUUAGUGUCCCUACUUUGUCGCAUCCCCUCCAGCAUUCAUUACUUUCCAUAGCUGUCAUGUUAGCCAAUCUGCUAGGUGUGAGGUGAUACCUCAGAGUUGUUUUGAUUUGCAUCUCUCUGAUUAUAAGAAAUGUAGAUCACUUUUUCAUGUGCUUAUAGGUUGCUUAAAUAUUAUGGGAGUUUGCUUGCUGAAUGUGUCCAAUUCCAGGAAAAAGGAUCACAAAGGAGCACAGACCUUCAUAGUGCCAAAUGAGCACACAGGUCAAAGAGACAAAGAUUCUCUGCCAAUACAAGAGGAAUUAAAACUUGUGAGAAAUUUGAGGUUGCAACUGUUUGAUAUAUGUUAGAUGUAGGACUCCUUAUACCACACUCCUUGUACCACACUUGUUAUCAAGUACCUAACAAUUGGCUGUUCUGGCUCCCUUAUCCCUGAGAGAGGAGGAAAAAUCAGACAAGGGAAUGAUUUUUCCAAUUUGCUUCAAAAAUCUAGUCCCUUUUCUGUCUUUCAUACCAUGGCAAUAUAUUGUAACCUGACAGCUGAGUGGUUAAGGGCAUAAUUGCUAUUACAGGCUUAUUGGACAUAAAUCACUUUAAUCAGGCCCUAUUUAAAAGACCUGUUAUAAUUUUGUUUUUCCUUACUUAGGAUUUUCACAUGUAAGACUUACAUAUUUUAUAUUUCAUACAGUAGUUACUUUUUUCUCUUUUAUUUGGAUUUUUGUGAUUUUUUGGAUUUUUUUUGGCAAAUGUUUCAUGUACCUCAUACCUCAGCCAUGUAUCCCUGUGUGAUUUCUGUGUUUGUCAAUAUCCUUAGGGAGGAAUGUGUUAUUAUUUUGAAAACUGUAAUUUCUUUUGAGAGAAAUUUUCAAAUGAGAUACUUUCUACCUCCCAGAAUUUGGAAAAGUGAACUGCUUACAGAAGGUGCCAUGAAGAUGUCUGUAGAGACCACACAUUGCUCCAAAAGAUCCUGAAUGAACUUUUGGAUGUGCUAAAUUGAAUUUUGUGGGGUAGAAUGCAUUUGAUUUGAAUGUAUACUUUUAUGCCAAAGGGGACUUCCCCCUAAUUGGUUUUGUUCUUUUUCUCUUUCUUUUCCUUUUAUCCCCAGGUUAUUGUAUUUUCCCCUUAGAAACUGCAAUACAGUAUGUACCUUUAGUUUGGAGAUCUUUAGAAUUAUAAAUUGGUUAUGUUUAAAAUGAUCCAUUGGGGAGACUGACCUACCAAUGGAUCCCAGGGGGAACAUGCAUUUUAGAAAAUUUGUACCCUGAGGGAGCAAUACCUCUACUCCAGGUGUAACGAUUUUUUGUGCCACUGGACCCAGGCUUCCAAUGCCGAGAGAGUGGGACUGUCUCUGUGUAUCGACUUUUCUACUUAAAUCUCCUUCACGCACAAGUGUCUUUGUGCACACUCAUAUAUCAUAGAUGAAACCGCACAAAGACAAUCGUCAUCCUCGGUUACUGAGAGACUACUACUACUAUAUCCCCCAGCAUUCCCUGUUCUUCCCAGGGUUCUGUUUUCUUGUGUCCUGGCAUAGGUUUGUGCUUAAAUGGGUGGAUCUCACCCCAGGGGAGGAACUUGAUUUUUGCUUUGGCUGGGGCUCAAGGAGGUAGGCUGCUGGGGCUCUGGCUCUGGUUUCUGCUCUCUCCCCUUUUCUUUCUAUUACCUUUCUCCCUUUCUAUACAUAUAAAGUCAGCUCUAAACAUUUGGAGAAAUAUUAAUUGCUUAUGGGUAGGCUAAGCAAAUAUGAUAAAAAAAAACCCCAAUUCUAUCUAAAUUAAAUCAUUAAUUCUGGGGCUUACCAAUAAAAUUAACAAAAAUUUAUUUUUUAGAGCUAGAAAAAAAUAAAAUUCAUCUGAAAGAAAAAAAAUGUCAAGACUAUCAAGAGAAUCAAAAAAAGUGAAGAUGGUUCAGCUGUACCAGAGCUUAAACUCUACUACAAUGUAAUAAUCAUCAAAAUAAUCUGUUACUGGCUAAGAAAUAGACUGAUGAUCAGUAGAAUAGAUUAGGUACACAUUAUACAGUAAUAAAUGACCAUAGUAAUCUGGUGUUUUACAAACCCUAAGAUCCAAGAAUUGGAAAAGAACAUUAUUUGACAAAAAUUGCUGGGAAAAUUGGAAAGUAGUAUAGCAGAAAAUAGAUAUCAACCAUUCACACUAUAUACUAAGACAUGGUCAAAAUGUGUAUGUGAUUUAGACAUAAAGGGUGAUCUGAUAAACUAGGGGAGCAUGGAAUAUUUUACAUUUAAGAUUUAUGGAGAAGGGAAGACUUAAUAUCCAACUAAGAAAGAGAGCAUUAUGGAAUGUAAAAUGAGUAAUUUUGAUUAUAUCAAAUUAAAAAAUUUAGAAACUAAAUAUAGUCAACAUCAGAAAGAAGAGCAUGGGGACUUUUUUAUAGCAAGUAUUUCUUAAUAAAGGUCUCAUUUCUCAAAUAUAUAGAGAACUAAAUAAAAUUAAUGAGUUAUUCCUCAAUUGUAAAUGGCCAAAGGAUACAAACAGGCAGUUUUCAGAUAAAACAAAGCUAUAGUAAUGAAAAGUGGUCUAAAUCACUAUUGAUUAGAGAAAUGCAAAUCAAAAUAACUGUGAGGUACCACCUCACAACAGAUUGGAAAAUGACAAAUUUUGGAGAGUAUGGUGAAAAAUAGGGAAACAAUGCCCUGUUGGUGAGAUGUAAACUGAUCCAAUCAUUCUGGAGAGCAGUUUAGAACUGUGUCUAAAGGGAUACAAAAUUGUACAUAUCUUUUAACUGAGCAAUACCUCUACUCCAGGUGUAACGACUUUUUGUGCCACUGGACCCAGGCUUCCAACGCUGAGAGAGUGGGACUGUCUGUGCAUCAACUUUUCCACUUAAAUCUCCUUCACGCACAAGUGUCUUUGUGUACACUCAUCUAUCAUAGAUGAAAAUGCACAAAGACAAUCUUCAUCCUCGGUUACUGAGAGACUACUACUACCUCUACUAGGUCUCUACCCCAACGAGGUCAAAGAAAAAGUAAAAGAAAUAGUGUGCACAAAAUAUAACAGCUAUUUUUGUGGUGGCAAAGAAUUGGAAAUUCAAGGGGGACAUUCAUUAAUUGGAAAGUGUCUGAACAGACUGUAUAUAAUUGUGCUAUAAGAAAUAACCAGGGGGUGGAGGGAAGCUGGGUGACUCAGUAGAUUCUAAGGUGGAAGGUAAGGGUUUUUUAAAAAUGACAGGAAAAUCUGGCCUCAUAUAUUUCUUAGCUGUGUGGCCUUAGGCAAUUCACUUAACCCCAGUUGCAUAGCCCUUACCACUCCUCUGCCUUAGAACUGAUAUUAGUAUUGAUUUUAAGAUAGAAGGUAAGUGUUAAAAAAAAAAAACAUGACAGGCAGGCUGGCUUCAUAAAAACCUAUGAAGACUUACAUGAAUUUGAUGCAAAAUGGAAAGAAGAGAACCAGAAGAACAUUGUAUACAGUAAUAGCAAUAAUUUAUGAUGGUCAACUGUAAUUGACUUAGCUGUUCUCAGCAAUACAAUAGUCUUAGACAGUUUUGAAGGACUUGCAAUGAAAAAUGCUUUCCACCUCUGGAGAAAGAACUGUUGUUAGAGAAUGAAUGUAGAUUGAAGUAGAAUUUUUAGACUUUUUUUAUUCUUGAUUUUUUGGGAUCUGCAUUUUCUCUUGCAAUAUGGCUAACAGGGAAAUAUUUUGUAUGCUUGCAUAUGUAUAUAUCAAUUUUUUACAUGUAAUUGAGAAAAAAAGGGAAAAAAUAAUUUUAUUACUGUUAAGAACAUAAAAUCAUGAAUUCUUAGAAAAGAAUUUCAAAAAUGUCUGCUACGGUGAGUAGAUAUGACUCAUUUUUAAAGAGGGCAGGAGUUUUGAUAUACUUGGCUUUUGCUAAAGUCCUUUAAAAUGUUAAAAAGACCCUACAAAGUUUCCAGUAAACCUUUAGUAUUCCUUUAUUAUCUUUUUUGAGGCUAUUUACUAGCAAGCCCUUUUGUAAAAAGUAAUAAAAUAAUUUUCUGAAUAGCUUUGUGUUCAGAUUUGUUUUGAUUUUAGUAUUCAUACUUAGGCAUUUUAGAACUUCUGGGUAACUCCCACCUCAAUCUGAAUUUUUACUUUGGUUAAUAAAAUCCACUAAGGAGGUAACACAAUAGAAAUGUUUAUGUUCUUCUCAUGUGAGUAUGUUACACUAAUAAGUAAUAUUUGACCACUUUAUAUGAGAUAGAAAGUUAAAUCUGCUUUUAAGUAUUAUUUCAGUUAUCGGCCACUUUUAGAAAAUGCAAACGUUUAAGGGAUUUUAAUUAGGAAAAACUCCGAAUUAUCAUUGGUGUGACUGUCUUUCCUUCU